UCAGAAUCUUUGUACCAAGCCAAGUAUUAAAAGUUUGUUUACAGAUUCAACACUGGAGUAUGAGCUUGUCAUCAAAUAAACUGAACCUCCACAUGAUUAGAAGAGAUUGGAUACACGCCAUCAUAAAAUACGAACAAUGAAUACCUUCUAAUACACCAUAUACCUCUAUGCUGCCACUGAGAUUAAGGAUUAAGAUUUACAUGCUGGAUAUAGCUUUGCUGUUUGUGAUUGUGCAGAGCUGAAAGAAUUAAUGAAUACCUGGCUUGAUUCAUCUGGACUGUACACUGUGUAAGAUACUGAUGGAAACCUGAUUUCAACAGUUUGUCGGAUGGAUUAUGUCUCAUAUUUAUUCAAGAACAAUAUUGAGAUUUCAGGAAAUAGAAGAAAAUAUUAAGUAUGUUUGUAUGAAUCUUUGUUUUGUGACAAAGGAGAAAGUGGAUCUUGGUUUGUCAAUAUAGACUGGUUUACUUGUGAUGAUUGCUUUUCAGAUGGAGAUCAGAUCUAUGCCAUUUCUCAUCAAAUAAAGACAAGAGAUUGAUGAAACUGUUUUAUCUGAUGGAUUAAUGAUGUACUUUGAAGUGUGAAAUAUUUGGAAUAAUUCCUACUUGUCAAUCAGACUCUUUCCAGGAAAUCUUGGUAGUAUUUUUGCAAGAGCAAACUUGAUUUUUUUUUUACAGUGGAAGACCAUUGGAGUAUUGUAACUUCUGUUUUUUUUUAUUUGAAUGUGUUGACAGAUGGGAGUUGGCAUAUAGGUUCUGGGUCUGUGUGAAAUUGAGCAUCAUAUCCAUGAUAUCAAUAUAUAAAAGGUCAAGCAAUACUUUGGUUUUAUUAGAUUUUUCUGAGUGCAUCCAUGCUUGCACAUUUCAUGAGUUUCAUAUAAACCUUAAUAACCAUGUCAGUGCAAAUCAGUGAUAAUGAGGGAAGUAGCUCAUCUGAUCGCAACAUCUGCUAGGUCUAGACAAUGAGAAUAUUUGGUAAUUUUAUGAACUAUCACGGAAAAUGGUAGCUCUGACCAAUAGAGUUUCAAACAUCUAGGAUGCAUUAUGUGAUAUGUGUCUUUUGAGUUUCGGUGGCUACAUUCCAUAUAGUUCUUGCUCAUAGAAGAGGAAGCUGAAAAUUUCUUUUGUCAGAGGUUUCAUGAGUGAACAUCGAUGCCAUCCCUGCCUUUCCUUCCUUCAUGUUCCACCAUUGCUAUGCAUGUAAGGAUAACAUAAUUUGGAAGCAAUUUGGAUGGAACUAGCAGAAGAUCCCUAUCCAAAUGAAUAGAUAUAAUUUUAUGAUUAACUUGAUGUGAACUUGUGGGUAAAAAUCUAUUAUUUGAUAGUGACAAUCCUUUGUCAGAAACCAGCAUUGACAUACAAGUAAUUUGGAAAAACAUCUAAUAUCUUGGAUGAAUGUUUAUUCAGUCCAGUGCUUUUAACAAUUCUUCUUGAUGAACCAAUGGCCAUCCAUUGAUGUUUAAUCUACGAUCAUCAUCAUCCUUCCGCCGUAAGAACCCCAUCAUGAAGCAGGAGUAUUACCAGAUGGGCCAGGUCCAUGGAGACAUUAUCAGCUUUGGUUCCCUUGAUGACUUCUUCAGGGAACGUGGUAACACCAUCGACCAUGGGGAAUGGUCUCUGCGGCAUCUGAGGGAUAAGUUUCGUCAGAUGGAUGUGGAGUCCUUGUAUACAAAGUACUGUGCCCAGCUUAAGAAGUGGCUGUUGUCGAUGCUUUGCCUUGUAGCAAUGGCUCAAGCAGGAGCACUGAUAGGACUACUUCUCUACUAUAGUGAGAACUUUGAUCAGGUAUUAGGGCGCACAGCAAUCCUGAUUGGGUCAACCUUCCUGCUGACGUGCCUUCUAGCACUAUCCUGUCUGGAAUUCAUCGUACCUCGCUUCUCUUCCCCUCUAGCCAUCUUCCUCUGGCUUAUCCUACUCACCUCAUCCUACACCAUACAAAUCAUGCGCCCUGGUCAUGUAUCCACCGAUGGGGUGGGGUUGGUCCUCUUUAUCACCCUUGCUGCACACACCAUGUUACCGUUCUCUCACGUCGUUGCCGUGGUCAUCGGCACCCUCACUUGUCUCCCUCAUGUUAUUCUCUCUGCCAUUCUCGGCAGCCAUGAUGAACCCAUUGAUAAGUUAUUGAAGAUUCUUAGUAAUAUAGUAAUGUUUGUUUGUGUGAACUUCAUUGGUGUGUGUCACAAACAUCUCCUUGAUGUGGCUCAACGCAGGACUUUCCUAGACACAAGGAGCUGUAUAGAGUCUAGAAUAAAACUUGAGCAUGAACAAGCACAACAGGAGAGAUUAUUACUAUCUGUGUUACCUGCUCACCUUGCAUAUGAGAUGAAAACAGAGAUGAUGGAAAGGGUUCGAGAUCCUUCUAUUAGCCCUAUCUCAUCCCAUCGGCCUAGUAGCAGCACACACUUUCACAGUCUAUAUGUCAAGAGACAUAAAAAUGUCAGCAUACUGUAUGCAGAUAUUGUAGGAUUUACAGCAUUAGCUAGUGAAUGUUCUCCACCAGAACUUGUCAAAACUCUCAAUGAACUCUUUGGAAGAUUUGAUCAGCUUGCAGAGGAAUUCGACUGCAUGAGAAUCAAGAUUUUAGGUGACUGUUACUAUUGUGUGUCAGGUCUUCCUAUAUCCAGACCUACACAUGCUAUCAACUGUGUGGAGAUGGGAUUAGCUAUGUGUGAAGCUAUCAAGACUGUUCGUGAUGCCACGAGUGUUGAUGUAAACAUGAGGGUUGGUGUUCAUACAGGUAAUGUUCUAUGUGGUGUACUUGGCCUGAGGAAGUGGCAGUAUGAUGUCUGGUCACAUGAUGUUACUUUAGCCAAUCACAUGGAGAGUUGUGGUGUUCCUGGGCGUGUUCAUAUAACCCAGACAACGUUAGACAAUCUUGGUUUGAAGUACGAGGUAGAACCUGGCCGAGGCCAUGAACGCAGUGAAUACCUCAGAGAUAUGAACAUUGAAACGUUCUUUAUUGUAAAUCCAAAGUCAUCAGCUAACAAAGUUGAGGAGACACAAGCUGCGACUCAAGAAAAGCCUAGGGGUAAAGUGUCCCGUAGGAUGGCCCUGUUCCUUGAGUCCUGGUCUGGUGCGGAUAAACCAUUUCAACACAUUGCCACUAUGCCUGUACCGAAAUCUAUUGGUUUAUCAGGUAUUUAUGCCAUGAAUGCUUGCCUUGUUCCUUUCACACUUAUGGAUCACAAUACAAGAAUCCUUCGUCAAUCCAUCAUUUUUGAUAAACAAGUCAAUGAAAGAAUGGUGGAAGCUAUCGAAGCCAUUAACUCUAGGAAACCCUGGUCUAGAUCAGAAGACAUACAUAGAGGAACCAUGUUUUUUAGAGAGUCACAUUAUGAGAAAAAGGUAAGGAAUUAUGGAAUAUUUAUACUGCUUUGGUUAAUUUUGUACUAUCUGAUCCAAUACAAAGGACUCUGGUGGAGACUGAUAUGA